AUGCAGGCGGAUUCCGAUGGCAGUGGCGACUUGGAUUUCGAGGAGUUUAUGAUCAUUGUGGCACAAGUGAUAGCCAUCACUCCAAACCCUUCUCCUGAGGAGUAUGAGCGUGAUAUGAAGGAGUUGUUUGAAGCCAUCGAUCGAUUUAGGAGCCUGGUCAAAGUUCAGACGCAGCUCGGAGUCGAUGGCAGUGGCUUCAUCAGUUCUAGAGAAUUGAUUCAGGCGUUAAGUACCAAGGGCCCUGAGCCCAUGGAGCCCGAUGAGGUGAGAAAAGUGCUGGGUCGCAUCGACAAAGAUGGAGAUGGGAAGAUGAACUUCAAGGAGUUCUGCAAGAUCAUGGACGGCUGA